GAAAAAGUUGAGGGCAAAUAAAAUAAAUAAAAAAAGUUAUAAAUUGAAAUAAUAGAAAUUUGGAAGGGUAUUUUAGCAAAAGAAGAGUUCUCUGGCAUUCUUGUCGAUGAUCCUAAAGAAAAACGAAUUUCAAAAUUCGACCCCCAAACGACUCUCACUAUCCAAUUUCUUCUCCUCUUUACGCUUUUCCUUUCCUCUCUGGUUUGCUAAUUCCAGAGGUUUUUUUCAUUCCUCUAAAAUUCUUCUGUAAAUUACUGGAGAUUUCGUCUUCUCAACCAUGUUUGAGCCCCAACAUUUCGUCGAUUUGCAAGACGACUCUGCUUUCGGCGAUCAGAAAUCAUGGAAUUCCGGCGACCACAACGCGUCCCCGACUCGCCGCCUCACUCACUCAUCACUCCCAAUCCCACCAAUUUCAGCUUCCGCAACUACUGCUGCUGGCGCUAAUGGCAAUGUGGAUCGUGAACUCUUCAACAAUCUCGUCGAAAUCGUACCCCUCGUUCAGUCUCUUAUUGAUCGGAAAGCGAGCAGUUCAUUCAGGAAGCGGGGUUCAAUGAUUUACACUAAAACACCUUCUAGAGAAUCAUUACACAGGAAGAUGGAACAGAAAGGAAGGCAUAAUGGCCAAUCUAUUCCAACCAAGAAGAAGAAAGACCAUGGGGACAAGGACCAGGGUAACAAUGUUGAUAGUAAUUCAGAUGCCGAUGGCUUUUCGGUUUUCUCCUCAAGUUCUCUGGUCUCUGAAAGGGAUAAAGGAGAACUAAUCACAUUGAGAGAACAAGUGGAAGAUCUGCGAAAGAAAUUGAUUGAAAAGGAUGAACUUCUAAAAUCAGCCGAGAUGUCGAAGGACCAGAUGAACAACGUUUACGCAAAACUCAAUGCUUUGAAUCUCCAGUCUGCAGAGAAGGAUUCUCGAAUAAAGAUGAUUCAUUCCCAACUUUCAGAUGCAAAGAUUAAGCUUGCAGAUAAGCAAGCUGCGUUGGAGAAGAUACAAUGGGAGGUAAUGACAUCAAAUUCAAAAAUAGAAGAACUUCAAGAAGAGCUAAAGUCAUCGCAAGGAGACGUUUCAUCGUUUAUGCUGUUACUCGAAGGCUUGUCAAAGAAUGAUUGCAAUGAACGUGUUGAAGAUUAUAGUCUUUCAGUGUAUCUCCCGGAGAGCUGUCCUUACAUUGAUGAUCUGGACGAUCUGAAAAUGCAGGAAAUGGAAGAAGCAAGACAAGACUAUGUAGCUGCUGUUGCUGCUGCAAAGGCAAGGCAAGAUGAAGAAUCUAUUGCUGCUGCUGCAGCUGCAAGGUCACGUCUUCAGUCGUUUGUUUUCGAAACAUAAGUUUCAGGCGAUCGAUGCUAGCCUAAGUUUCAGCACAGGUUAUUGCUUCAUUUGGUAUCAUCUGGCAUUUCUCUCUGAUAGUUUGUAGGGCAUAAUAGCGUUUUCUAUAGGGUUACUCGAGUCAUUUAUUUGUAAUAAACAUAUUUAUGGAAAUGUUGAAGAGGAAGUAUUUAUUUCAUUUUGUAUGUAUGAUGUAUCUAGCCUUCCCCAUGUUGGUGUGUAAUGGCAACGAGCCAUGCUUGGUUGUGCGCUAGAGAGACAUCUUGUUCUGCAAGUAUGGAGCACAUCUCUCUCA